CGGCGGUAAUGGAGGGAAGUGCUUGGUGCGCGAAGCGACAGAGCGACAGUGCUGUAGACGUAUUGGAACGGAGUGGACGUGUGUAGCUUGUUGUCUCGCUCUGACUCAGUUCGGUUCCAGUAGUGAGUGAGAGUGUUAGCGUGGUGCUAUUCUCGGCAUGUGCAUCUAGAUCUAUCGGCUUGUGUUGCAAUAUUUCGCAGGUUCAUUGUUUGGUAGGGAUUGUUGAUUGUUAUGUUGAUGCCGGCAGCUCUAGGCACCUCCGAGAACAUGCUGGGCGCCGAAGGGUUGGUUAGUAGUUUGGGUCUUGGCGCUCCAGCUGCGGCUGCAGCCGCUGCAGCUGCCGCUGCUCAACAACAGAAGGACACUACGUGGACAAAACUGUUUGUGGGAGGCCUGCCCUAUCACACCACCGACAAAUCGCUCAGGGAACACUUCUCUGUGUUCGGCGAAAUCGAGGAAGCCGUAGUUAUCACCGAUCGCCAGACGGGGAAAAGCCGCGGAUAUGGAUUUGUUAUAAUGGGUGAUAGACCUGCGGCGGAGCGAGCCUGCAAGGAUCCCAAUCCAAUCAUUGACGGAAGGAAAGCCAACGUAAAUCUAGCAAUUUUGGGAGCCAAGCCGCGUGGCACCGUUCAGCCAGGUUUCCCAUUCACUGGAAUCCGAGCUGCCUACCCUACAGUACUCCCUGGACAGUAUGGGGUGCAGCCGAGCUACGUGUACCAGUCGCCUUACUUGAGCAGCGCUGCUGCGGCAGCGGCUGCAGCUGCGGCCAACAGUCCGGGAGUGGUGUCGCUGCCGCCUGCGGCCCCGCUCACGCAUGCAGCUGCGAUGGCCGCCGCGUCGCAGUUCUACGAGUACCAGAACGCCGCAGCAGCUGCAGCAGCAGCAGCCGCAGCUGCAACCUCCUAUCCCAGCCAGUAUGCUACUAACGGAUUCGAGACAUACCCCUACACCACACCUGCUGGUCUCACAAAGAUAAACCUAGAUGGUGCGGCCAGCUAUGUAACACCGUACGGCUACACGACACUGCCGCAAAGCGCCGGCAUACCUACCGCGGCCACGGCUGCGGCUAGCGCCGCAUUCACGGGCCUCUCACCGUAUUCGGCGGCCGCUGCGGCUCAAGCCGCGUCGCUGCAAGAGGCGCGACUACAGUGAUGACUGCAGCCGCUAGGGCGAAUUGAAGAUCAUCCCUAGAACCAGUCACACAAAACAACCAUCAAGUGAGACUCACUUUACACUGUCAGCAUUGUUAUAUGCAUCAUAAAACCGCAUACAUCAUAAAUUCCCACAUAUUAGUGAAAGUGACACAGUGAAAAUAUAAUUGUGAACGUUCUCAUGGCACUAUUCACACUCGCUCGACCGGGUUGAGUGUGAACAGUCCCAUUAAAACUCAUGGGAAUUAUAUUUGCAUUGUACCGGACACUGAUACUGACACUGAGAUGUGGGAAUCCAGCUCAAAUAAGUGUAAGGGUGUGUACACACGCAGAGAGCCGUCAGCGGUCAGAGUUAUAUUAGGAUAAUAUUUUAUCAAUCAAAUUGAAAAUACUAGUGCAGCAACCCUGUUUGUGGAGUAGCCUAGUCAAUAACACAAAUGUGAUUAAAUUAGUUGAACAUUUAUUGAAGUUGUGGAAAAUCUCUAUAGUUGGAAAUACACUGUUUAAUUUUUGUGUAGUUGAGAAGUUGAUAUUGUGGUAAUUAUUCAUAUUGAAUGAAAAAGACUAAGAAAUUGUCAAAAAACCACUGAUUCUAAUUAUCUUUCUAUUGACUUUCUAAUUAUCAAUAAAUCAGUGGUUUUUUGACAAUUUCUUAGUCUUUUUCAUUCAAUACACUGUUUACUUACUGCCAUGGCCAUACAUAUCUAAGUAGAUAUUUAGCCGCACCAACAAAGCCCCUCCACCUCUCUCGAUUCUCCACGUCCUCCUCGGUUGCUCCAAUUCUCUCCAUAUCGGCCUUCACUUGACUCCGCCAUUUCCGUCGUGGUCUGCAUCUCGGUCGUCGUCCUUCUGGAUUUCUUCUCUACACUUUAUUUUUAUUUAUUUAUUUACAUCAAUAGAAAAAUUACAACAACAUAAUAUAGAGGCUUACAGCUUCAUGCCAAAACAAGCCUAAUUUAUUUAUUGAAUGUUAUUAUUUUCAAGGAAUUGAAUUGAAAAAAAAAUAGAAAACUGUCACAUUUCUUGAAGUUAGCAGAUUCAUCGACAGUUCAGUUCAAGAUAUACAAUGAUGUAAUUGAAAAUCAAUUGUUUACAAAAACUGAAACUAAAUUAGUAAGAAAGAAAAAACGAAAAAUAGCAAUAAAAAUAGUUACUUGAUUAAGAUUACUGUCAUCUUUUCUUCUCAAAAUAUGCUCAGCCCAUCUGAUCCUUCUACACUUGAAAUACACUGUUUUAUUUGUCAAGUCCAGUUUUAUUUAUUUGACUACAGUUUCGUGUUUAAAACAACAUAUAAUAUUUAUCCAUUUAUUCACAACGAAAACAACGGGUUUCCCAAAAUAUGUGUCCUUUACACUGCAAAUUGAACAUCUACAUCAUUGUAUAUCUUGAACUGUACUGUCGAUGAAUCCUGCUAACUUCAAGAAAUGUGAUAGUUUUCCAUUUUUUUCAAUUCAAUUCCUUGAAAAAAUACAGCAAUUCACAUUACAAUUCAAUUAAAAUUAUUUUCAGGAAAUAAUAUUUUCCCACAUAGACUAUUGGUCCGUGUGUGGGGGAAGAAUUCCUCUCUAUAAUAGCUGUAAAAUGAAUUUAAAUCCUGCAGAAUUCUGCCUUAAUAUUAUUCUCACUUAAUUAUUACAAUAUUGGAAAUAGAUAAAGAUAAAGAGAUAUAAAUCAUUAAUAGUUUUUUUCAUAAACAGAGCAUGAUGUCGUGGUUUUUUUAAAGAUUACUAUAGUAUUAUGUUGGAGUAUCUCCUAAAGUUUUUAAAUUACUUAUUAUAAUGUUCAGAGUGCUGCAUCGCAGUAACGGAGUUAACAGAGUUCGAAUCAGAAUCUAUAUUUAAGGCGAGUUUAUGAGGGCUUCUGAUGCUUCCCGACCAAUACCAAGCAACCAUGUGACUAUCUUAUUCUUUGUAGUUAGCAACACUGCAUCCCUCAGCCUCUUUUAUUGUAAUUGGAAGAUUGCGGAGAAGUAGGUGAGCAAUACGAAAUGGGUUGUUAUCGACCGAUGUAAAGGUAGCUAGUAUUAUGGUGGUCAGGUUAGAUUCAACAGUAAUUGAUUCGCCAACGCCAAGAAAAAUUUAUCUACCUGACAUAUAAGGGUUUAACCUGUUGUCUCCAUGUGUAUAUUUAUGCAAAUAAAUAUUCUAUCUGAAACGCUUAUCGAUACCCAUUUUCAACUCUGAACGACUGACCGCUUUAUCUGUGCACACACCCAAAGGAACGUUGAUUAUUGAAUCGGUGGCAUUGAUGACAACACUACAUCAAUGAUUAUAAAUAAGAAAUCCUGAUGGUUUAUUGGGAAACAAUGAUGGCGGAAUGCUGACAGUCUAAAGGUGCGUACAGAUUUACGCGCCGCGAACAUGACCAAUUCAAUUUUAAUCAGCUGAUGCCAAGCUUUUUAUAUCUGUAUCUUACCGUUUCUGUAAAAAUACAGAUAUAGUCAGCUGAUUAAAAGUGAAUUGCUCAUGUUCGCGGCGCAUAUAUCUGUACGCACCUCAAGAGUAUCUCACAUUUUCUAGCUGAAUUAUUUUAGAUUAAGUUUGUAUAGUCGACAAAAAAAGCUGAUUAACAAUCUACUUACAGUUGAUUGUUCUAUUAACAGGAAACAACCUAAACAAUAUUAUCAAUUAGAAUUUUAAAUACUAGUGCAGCAAUCUUGAUGUGGAGUAGCCUAUUAUUUCCUGCUUGUUACCAGAUGAUUUUAUUUUCUAUCAGUAGUCACACAAAUGUGAUAGUUUUCUAUUCUAGUGGUCAGUCUGAACUUAACAGUUAUUGAAUCACGAAGAAGAACACUAUUCACCUGAAAGAGAAACAACCAUUUCUCUUUAGAAUAUUAGUAAAACAAUCAUCAAGUACUCACUCCUGAUUUUUAAACUAUAUAUAUUAUUUUUACUUCAACGCUACGUACAAAAUCAAUGGACGUUCUGUACUUACUUUUUGUUCAACUUUAAUUUAUUAUCUAGAUGAGUAUUACAUACUGUUAUGGUUGUAUCCUACAUAACCUUCAUAAUCUAUUCAUGUUGGAGAUAUAAGUAGCACUGUAUACAUGCGCUAUAUUCUCUCAAUAUUAUCUAGUACUGUUAUGGUUGUAUACUUCAUAAUCUUUACAUCUUUGGAGAUACAAAUAGCAUGCACUAUACAAUGUGCUAUAUACUUUCAAUAAAAUAGUUAUAUAAAUGUGAUAGAGUUAUAGCCAAAAAUAAAGUAUAUAUAUCUAGUGUAAAACAUAGAAUAAAGUUGUUAGUACUUAAUAGUUACUACUUGAGUAUGCUACGGUACCAAAACAUUGUUGUUUAUGGAAUGAGAAUUUCAAGUAACGUAAAAUAAGUGGUAAACUGUAGGGAGCUCGAUCACUAAGUACUUAAUUCGUGCAAUCCACUGUACAUCCAAGAAUGGGAAUAUAUUUUCAACUUUUUUAUUGUUGACUUUGAUUUGAUUUAGCGAUGAGAAUAUCGGAUCAAUUUAUUUUCAAAUUUCUGUAAUCAAUUUUAAUGAAAUUAGUUCCAUAGUUUCUAUCACUAGAUGCCAAUUUCUAAUGAUUCUUUUAAUAUUAGAGUAGUCUACUAAUCAAGUAUCACUUGAAUUAAGUAAUCCGAAUUGAUAUUAUACAUUUCAUGGGAUCCAAAAGCAAUUUAUUUUUUGAUGCAAUAUUCUUAUUCAAAAUGAGCAUUUACUGUGCAUAUUAAUGGACGUAAUAUUAUACUGUAUUCAUAUGGAUGGAUAUUAGUUUGAAUGAUUUAUCCUAGAAGCUGUUGAAAUUUUGAAUAUAUAUCAGUAGUUCAGAACCAAUGGAAGUAAAUAGUACUCAAGUUUAUAAUGUAGAAUUUCUAAAAAGGAAAUGAAAUGCGGUAUGUUCUUGCAAUAUGUAAUUUUAGUAUGUGUAGCAUGAAUGUAUGAGCGAAUCAAAAACUGUCAAUUUUAAAUGAUAACUUGCGAGUAUCUGGUGGAAUGCGUUGUGAGGGAAGGACAUUUCAAAGAACUUCAAUUACCUAGUCAAGUUAUGUUAUCAAGCUUAAUUUAUUAUGUUGAAAGAUGUGAGUAGACGUUUCUCUUUGUAGCAUAAUUGCACAUAAAAUGAAAAAUUUUAAAGAAUCCCUCCAUAAAGUUGAGAACUCCCUGUUACAUUUAAAGAGCUUACAAAUUUCAAAACUUUAAAAAUAUCUAGUUUUGAUAAUACAUCACAAAUAUUCAAUAAAAUACGAGGUUCAAUAUUUUUGUAUAAUACCAUCAAUAUUAAAAAUGAGACAUUAGUAAUUUUCAAACGUUUUAUAAGAAUCCAAAAUGAAGUUUGCAUUUUAUAUUUUUGUACUAAUUAACACUGUAGUGAGAUCAAUAGUCUAAAUUGCAGUAUUGAUUAGAGCACUUCUAAAGUUUGAAGAUAUCAUUCAGUUUCAUGUAGUUAGAACUUUCAAUUUCAAAAAAUUGCCAUUUCAAUAAGAUUUAUUUUACGUUACCAAAACUGAUAAUACUUUUUAAUUAGGUCAAUUUUAUAAAAUCUACAACAGAUGUGCGAUAACGGUGAAGUUUUAAAUCAAGAUUGAACUUUAGUUUAAUUUUUAUAAAGAUUUUAAGAGUUCAUAGAACAAAUAACAUGAUUCUUUUCGAUCCAUAAAUUAGAUCCUGUCACUUUGAAAUGUAGUUGGAAAAUCAGUAGACAGCGACUGAAUAGAAAAAAUAGAUUUUUGAUUAGCAGAAAAAUCUACGAUAAUCAGAAAGUGCCUGUUUUGAAUACAAGUAUUUAGUGGACGUUGAUUUUUAUGGAAGCUCACAGAUACUGUAUAUUUUUUCUCACGAUUGAGCAUUGCGUUGGUGCAAGUUCCAGUCAAUAAAAUUGAUUAGUUACUUGCGGUUAUAAAUCCACUAUUAUUCCAAAAUUACUGUAUUUUUAAAACAGGUUCGUUGUUAAUCCAUCAAUCACACUUUUAUGCUGAGGUAAAGAGACUAAAAUUCUUUAUUGCAAACUUUUCACAAUAAUUAUAAUCUCAAAAGAAAUUGAUAUCUUAUCAAUAUGUAAAAUAAUGGUUAAUCUAGUCUCAUAACAUAUUGUAGAAUUAUUUUCGCCUUAUUAAUGGUUAAUAUUAGGUGAUGUCUAGCUGCUUAGUAUAUUUCAUUUAGCUACUAGGUUAAUUUAGUUUCAAUUCCAUGUAUAAUUUGCCAUCAGGGGGCAGAUGAACUUAAUAUUAGGGGCACCAAAGGUGUACUUACUUAGUCUAAUAAAUACAUCAGAAUAAACUGAAGUUAUAAAUAUAGGCUAUUCUUCGUAUGCCUCAGUUAUUAAAUUGCAACAUUUAGUCUUUAUUGGAUUCUUUCUUUAACCAUAAUUAUAUAAUGUAAUGUUCAACGUACUGAACUGUAUCAUGAAUAUAUCCAAGUUGCUCACUUUGUAUUACUGGCAAAUAUGAUUUGCUAACGUUAAUACACAGCUUAGAAUCUAUUUAGUUUUAGCAUUUCAUAAAAAUGUAUUUCUUUCUUCAAUGUAAAAUUAUUUAUAUCAUUAUGUAUAUAGCCAUACUGUUAUUGUAUUAAAUUUCUAUUUGUAAUAUCUUUCGUGGAAACAAUAUUUUGUAAUUUGAAUGUUCUCUAUCAGUACUUAAAUCCAUAUACCGUCCUCGCUAAUUCAUUUCCCUCGAUAUUCAAUUAUAAUUUUCAUUAGCAAGUGCGAUGGCGCAUUCCUACUAAUUCACUAAUUUAUUUCCUAUGUCCGAGUUUAUUGAUGCAACAGUAGCUUUUGAUAGUAGCAGUAUUAAUCUGGAUUUCCACAGUGUAAGUGCACAGUGGAAAUAUUAUUCUCAUCAGUUCUAGUAGAACUACCUCCUCUCAGUAGUCGGCGUCUAAGGAGAAUUAGAACUUAAGGAAAGAAUAUAUUUUCCCACUGAUAUGUGGAAAUCCUGCUUAAGAAAGUGCCAGUAUAGACCAAGGCUAAAAAAGACACUUUCUAAUAAACCUUGGGCUAGUCAAAUUGAGAAACAAAUUUGUAAAUUUGUGAAAAAAUUAGUAAGAAAGCGCCCUACCGCCAGUCAACAUCACGUGACUCAGUGCCUUUUCAAUGUGGAUCAAUCACACUUAGCGGAUUGAUUCAGUUGUCAAUAACAUUAUAACUGCAAUUCCUAAUACAGAUUACUGUAACCAUCAACAAUUUUUAUGUUAAUUAAACUGAAAGAAAGAAUAGAUUUUGUACUAUUUAAUAUAUAUUGUCGUAAUAAAUAUUGCCAAUAUCUCCUAGUUUUUAAGAUAUAAAUAUUAUUAUGUCGUAAAAAUUGAAUAAAAAUUAAAUGUUACUCGUCA